CGCGCCAAAAACGCUGCAAACGACGACUGUGCGAACCCAGAAACGCGUUCAGAGUACCGCACAGUUGCGUACAACCGGCCAGAAGCAUCGCUGGUGACUACGGCUCCCCUAAGCAAUGCAGUACACACUGCUGACUUUGCUGCUCUGCAGCACAAAUGGAUGGCAGCUUAGUACUCGUCGCACAAAUGGCUGGCAGCUUGGGACUCGUCGCGCACGCAUCAUUCGCUACGCAGAAGACGCAGCAUCUCUGCAGCAAGCCGCCGACGCGCUGCGCGCUGAAGCGGCAUCCCUGGAGGCGACGCUGCCUCGCACAACGACGCCACCACCAGCAGUCGUAACCGAGCUGCCCGGCAGCACCUGGCGCUUCGCGUGCCGCUUGGACGAGGGGAAAUCGUUCGACUUCGUCGCGACGCUCGAGCGGGAAACGAACCCCGACUAUCUUGCCGACGACGCGAAUCGGUAUCGGGAGGCGGGGCCGCUGACGCUGGUCGAGCCCGGGCCGUCCAUUAGAAAAGCUUACGGGUGGUUGGCGGACAGAGCAUAAAUCAAAUUAUCGCGGCGAAAUGACUUUGUGCACCCGACUCACUGGUUGAUUUGCGCACAGGCUCGCGGAGGACGACGGCCCCCCAAAGGGCGAAUUCACGAGGAUCACCGUGAGCAUGAGGGACGGCAUGCUGGCUUCGACAGAUGGUGAUCUGAUGUACCUGCAAGCGCGCGUGAAGCGCGGCGCCUCCGUCGCCCUCGACGAGGGCACGCUCACGGUGAAGCGGCAGCGGCCGGGGACGCGCUUUUUGUUCGUCGAGUACCCCUCGCUCGUGGCCGACCUCAAGAUCGUCGGGAGCUUCUCGGCGACGCCAACAUCGAAGAGUCCAGACUAAUCAAAAA